CCACAAAAAACAAAAACAAAAAAUAAGCCAACCAAACCAAAAACAAACAAAAAACUUCAAACCUUUGCUAGACUUCGUUGCAAUUUCUGAGAAGACCUCUGAGCGUCGCUGUAGGUCAAAAGAAGAGAGAGACCAUUUUCCCAGACGCGUUAGGAGACUGGGGGAGUAACUUCCUGUACAAACCAACCAUAGAGGAGAGCCAGUAUACAUCCAGAUACAGCAAACAUCAGCAAGAAAAGUGGCCCUAGGCAGAUUUGGCCACCCACACUAACACAAGAGCACAGCAGCAGCGCGAGCCAGGAGGAUGAGGAGGAACUCUGGGAGCGGCCCGGCCCGGUGGCUGCAGGUACUGUCGCCCUUCCUGCUGCCUUUGUUCCACGGAGCUCUCCCGGAUCAGAUCCGCUACUCCAUUCCCGAGGAGCUGGCCAAGAACUCGAUGGUAGGAAACCUCGCAAAGGAUCUGGGGCUCAGUGUCCAGAAUCUGCCCGCCCGGAAGCUAAGAGUCAGCGCAGAGAAGGAUUAUUUUACUGUAAAUCCAGAGAGUGGGGACUUACUUGUGGGUGACCGAAUAGACAGAGAGCAGGUUUGCGGGAAACAGCCUCAGUGUGUUUUGGAGUUCGAUAUUGUCGCUGAGAAGCCAUUAAAUAUUUUCCACGUAGCUGUAAUUCUUCAGGAUGUGAACGACAAUGCUCCUCUAUUCAAACAGAGUGAGGUUGAUUUAAACAUUGGGGAGUCCACCAGACCAGGUAAAGCAUUUCCAUUGGAUCCAGCCCUCGACUUAGAUGCUGGUUCUAAUUCGCUGCAAAAAUACUAUCUCACUGACAAUGAAUAUUUUGAAGUCACUGAAAAAGAGACCCCAGAUGGACGUAAAUAUCCUGAGUUGAUUCUAAAACGUUUUCUGGACAGAGAAGAGCAUAAUUUUCACGAACUGAUCCUCACGGCUGUGGAUGGGGGGGAUCCUCCCCUAACUGGCACCGCCCAGAUCCGAAUCCAAGUCACAGACGCCAAUGACAACCCGCCCGUGUUCAACCAGGAUGUGUUCAGGGUCACCCUUCGGGAGGAUGUGCCACCAGGCUCCUCCGUGCUUCAGGUGACAGCCACUGACCAGGACGAGGGCGUCAAUGCAGAAAUCACCUACUCUUUUCACAAUGUGGAUGAACAGGUGGAACGUUUUUUCAACUUAGAUAAGAGAACAGGAGAAAUCACGACAAAGGAUAAUUUGGAUUUUGAGACUGCUAAGAGUUACACCCUGAAUGUAGAAGCAAAAGAUCCCGGAGACCUAGCAUCCCAUUGCAGUAUCCAAGUGGAAAUUCUGGAUGAGAAUGAUUGUGCGCCAGAAGUAAUUGUGACUUCAGUAUUUACCCCCCUACCAGAAGACUCUCCACUAGGAACAGUCAUCGCCUUGAUAAAAACCAGAGACAGAGACUCCGGAGAAAAUGGAGACGUCUACUGCCACGUCUGGGGAAAUGAAGAGUUUGUAUUGAAAUCUUCUUCGAAGAAUUAUUACAAACUAGUGACAGACAGAACUCUAGACCGGGAAGAGAUUCCAGAAUACAACGUCACCAUUGUAGCUACAGACAGGGGUAAGCCCCCGCUUUCUUCUAACGUAAUCAUCACUCUCCAUAUCUCAGACGUCAACGACAAUGCACCGGUUUUCCACCAGGCCUCCUACUUGGUCCACGUUGCUGAGAACAACCCACCUGGAGCCUCCAUUGCUCAAGUCAGCGCCUCGGACCCGGAUUUGGGACCCAAUGGCCUCAUCUCCUAUUCCAUCAUAGCCAGCGACCUAGAGCCAAGGGCGCUGUCGUCCUUCGUGUCUGUGAACCACGACAGUGGAGUGGUGUACGCGCAGCGCGCCUUCGACCACGAGCAGCUGCGCUCCUUCCAGCUGACACUGCAGGCGCGCGACCACGGAUCGCCCGCGCUCAGUGCCAACGUGAGCAUGCGCGUGCUGGUGGGCGACCGCAACGACAACGCGCCACGCGUGCUCUAUCCCACGCUCGAGCCCGACGGCUCUGCGCUCUUCGACAUGGUGCCACGCGCUGCCGAGCCUGGAUAUCUGGUCACCAAGGUGGUGGCGGUGGACGCAGACUCGGGACACAAUGCCUGGCUGUCUUACCAUGUGCUGCAGGCCAGCGAUCCCGGGCUCUUCAGCCUGGGGCUGCGCACAGGAGAGGUGCGCACAGCGCGUGCCCUGGCAGACAGGGACUCAGCGCGGCAGCGCCUUCUGGUCGCUGUGCGAGAUGGUGGACAGCCACCGCUCUCGGCUACAGCCACUCUGCACCUGAUCUUCGCUGACAGCCUACAGGAGGUCCUGCCAGACCUCAGCGAUGAUCCUCUACCAUCUGACCCCCAGAGUGAGCUUCAGUUUUACCUGGUGGUGGCCUUGGCCCUGAUCUCAGUACUCUUCCUCCUGGCGGUGAUUCUGGCUAUUGCCCUGC